GUUACAUCGCAAAUUCUGCUGUCCUUGGGGAGUUGAACAGCUCACAAACUCUUCACGACAACAAAGAAACCUGCGACUUGUGACCGCGACCCGAUUUCAAGACAUAAGACCGGCAAACCCGCGAAUUAAGGGUCAGAUCGACUGUCCGUCGACUAGUAAAACGGGACUCACAACGCACUCGAGUGAAAAUAUUUGCCGAACUCAGCACGGCAACGCAGGAUAAAUUUUUAGCCAUUUUCAGUUCACUGUUACAUUCAUGCAAGAACAUAGCGUUACUUCACCGCUAAAAGAAGAAAGCGUCGGCUGGAUACAACCAGCUACCAUGGACAGUAAUCAAGUGGCCAGCGGGUACGGCUUGGCCAGAGCACAUUUCGAGAAGCAGCCUCCUUCAAAUCUCCGCAAGAGCAACUUUUUCCACUUCGUUUUGGCGUUCUACGAUCGCACGGGACAAGCAGUUGAGAUCGAGCGCGCUGCUUUCGUGGGUUUCAUCGAGCACCUGCCUGAUCAGAAGAACGUUCGAAAUGGUGCAUCUUACCGGCUACAACUUCUCUAUAAUAAUGGCAUUAGAAGUGAGCAAGAUGUAUUUAUUCGCCUUGUUAACUCGGCGACAAAGCAACCUAUUGUAUAUGAAGGGCAGGACAAAAACCCUGAGAUGUGUCGGGUUCUCAUGACACAUGAAGUUAUGUGCAGCCGAUGCUGUGAAAAGAAAUCAUGCGGCAAUAAAAAUGAAACACCAUCAGAUCCUGUUAUAGUAGACAGAUUCUUUUUAAAAUUUUUCCUGAAAUGCAAUCAAAAUUGUUUAAAAAAUGCUGGAAAUCCAAGGGACAUGAGACGUUUCCAGGUGCAUGUUUCUUCCUCUCCUGAUCCUGUUGCUGGAAUGUUAGCUUGCUCUGAUAACAUGUUUGUGCAUAACAAUUCCAAACACGGUAGGAAAAGCCGCAAAGUGGAGUCUGCAUAUGCUUAUCCAUGUAUCAAGGCUAUUUGUCCCAAUGAGGGAUGGACAACUGGAGGAACAAAUGUUGUAGUAAUAGGAGAAAACUUUUUUGAUGGUCUACAAGUGGUGUUUGGCUCACUAAUUGUUUGGAGUGAGUUUAUCACCCCUAAUGCAAUCCGUGUCCAAGCACCACCCAGACCCAUCCCAGGCAUGGUAGAAGUAACACUUAUGUACAGAAACAAGCAGUUCUGCAAGACAGCCCCUGGAAGAUUCAUGUACUCAGCUCUUUGUGAACCAACCAUUGACUAUGGCUUCCAAAGACUGACAAAGCUGAUCCCAAGACACCCUGGUGAUCCUGAAAAGUUACCUAAGGAAAUCAUUUUAAAGAGAGCAGCUGAUCUUGCUGAAGCUGUGUGUUACAACCUUCCUCGCACCCCAACUCAAAUUCAUGGGUCACAGUAUCCACCCCCUGGGGGGCCACCACCCACCACUGCUGGUGGCACACAUCCAAUGAUGAUAGGACAGCACCUGACAGCCCUGUCCCCUGAAGGAAUUACAAAUGGAAGUACCUUCGUGACCAUUACAAAUCCAGAGGCUCCAGUCUAUGGCAACACAAACCCUGGCAGCCAACAGCAGAGAAUAGCAACUUCUGGGGCACACACUGAUGCCAAUAAUAAUGAAGUUAUUGUCUCAUCAGGUAGCAGCACUCCAACUGCAAGGCAUGUCAAUUUGCCACCUGGUUAUCCCCAUGGUGGAUCUCUGGCAAGUGAAGCACAUGUUGUCUCCAAUUCUGAUGUGCCUGUAACACCCUCGGCAGCAAUCAGCAUGUCAAGUGCUGUAAAUGGUAUCAAUGCAUACCCUGGGGGACUUCCACCAUCGAUUACAUUACACAACAUGGCAGUUCCUUCAUCACCAAGUUUCCUCAAUGGUGCCACAUUUGUUCCCCAAUCUCCAUCACUUCCUCCAACACCCAGCAGUGUACCACCCAGUGGAAAUGCAGGAAUGUUUGCCUUUCCACCAAACAUGAUUCAGGCUGUCAAACAAAAGAGUGCAUUUAAUCCUGUGAUGAGACCACCCAAUGUGUCUGAGGGAAGUACACCCACUGGCUCACAUGGAAACUCUGCUGUUAUUGUGCCAGGUAUGCCUUCCUCCUUUGGUGGCACAUUUGCAAUUCCUGUAAGUGCUGCAGUCCAGUCCAAGCCAGCGAGCCAUGUGGGAGCAACCUCUUAAGUCACCGCAUUACAAGCACAAGCACAAGCACAUCACGCACACGGGGUCAGAACAUUGACUGCAGUGAACAAUUGCUCAGGAGGCUUCGCUGGAGAAAUAGAAUCGGCAUUAUUAUGUACUUAGAGAAGAUCACACUGUUGAACAAUCGAAAAAUUGCCUUGAAUCAACGAAAUGCUUUGUGCGUUUACAUAGCCGCCGAAGUAACUGGUGACUCUUAAUUUCUUUGUUCACAGAGUCUAUGAAAUUCUAAUUUAACAUCCUGAGGAGGCUUUGCCAUUAAGGAAGAUAAAACGUCGCCUUGUUUUAUCCAGCAGUCCACUUUAGUAUGUGUAUAUAUAUAUAUUUUUUUUCAUUGAAUUUGUUUGUUUUACACAAGUUUUCUACAAACGUACUCUAUUUUGGAGUCUGGGAAAUAAUCGAAUUUUUUAAUAUAAAUUUAAGAUAUAUUUUUUCAGGCUUUUUCUUUUGAGAGAAAAAUUAUAAAUAUUCAUUGAAUGCGGACACAAUUAGUGUCGUAUUAUUUUCCUAAAAGUUAAUAUAUUUCUUGUACUAUACGUAUUUUUCAAGCAAUAUUGGACGGUUUCGAACAUUUUUGAGAAGCAGUUGGAAUAAUGCUUGAGUCGUACAACUUAACUUAUUUUUCUAUAAACGAAACGCUAUUUCUAUAAUGGAUACAGACUAGAAUAAUUUCACAUUGACCGUAAACGAUAUUUAUUUUUUCCUAGUUUGUAAGAUGAUAAUUAUUUAGAAUGGGUUGUAAGUAUUUUAAUCGGUAAAUCGUAGAUUUCCCUUCGAUUUACUUAAAUAUGUAUGGAACAAUUAAGCCAAAUGCAAAACAAGAAGCAUACAGCAACCACAACAUCCACUGCAGCAUAUUAGAAAAGUGGUCGAAUUGGAAUAAUUUUCUUGGAGAAUAUUCCGUAGCACAAAACUUCGUGUCACACAAUUUUGUCACAUAAUUCAUCUUUAACACUAUGUCACGCAGAAGACUGUUAUGUGACAGUCUUGUGAAGGCCAUGUGCAAGUUCAUUGAUACGCUCUAAAUAUCUACCAUAAACUGUAAACGUUCAUC